GAGACUUCAAGUUGGUGUCUUCCUGCAGCAUAUCAAUUUAGCGACAUCUAUUGGGCAAAUUUCUUGAUUACAGGUGAGGCAAAACGACCUGGUAGAAGCGGUCGUAGUGGUGGGGCUCUGUCUCACCGCUUGUGAAUGCAGACAUAUCCACUUUAGAUGUGGAAUCUUUAUGGUUAAAUAAACAAAGGAAGUGUCCAUGUACACCAUGUCCUACCUGUAGUCCUUGAAGGGGGAUGGCAUUUGCUCUGUCUGAAGUUAAACUGUACAGACAUUAGAUGAGGAAAAAUGGAAGAAGAAAGUAAGUUAGAGAAGAAGGAUAGCCAUAUGACAAAAGAUAUGCAUGAUGAGGGAGUCCCACUUGGUUUAAAAAUAGAUGCAAAAUUAGAAACUGAGGCAAAAAAUGAAAGUCACGGUGAUCAACAUUUAAUUCAACAUAUGGCACAACUGCGAGAAGAUGGUUUACUGUGUGAUAUGACAUUGCGAACCAAAACAGAUAAUAGCCCAGCCAGUACAUUUAAGACACACAAGGUGCUGCUAGUAACUUUUUCAGAAUAUUUUGGAACACUGUUGAAAAUGGGGAUUUUGGCGAAUGACUACUUAUUUCCUGAUUUAACAUCAGAAGGAUUGUCUGCAGUCUUAAAUUUUAUCUAUGGGAAAAAGCUGUCCCUCAGAGAAGAAAAUAUAGUUGAAAUUUCGAAUGCAGCUAAUAGAUUAAUUGUGCAUUCUGCAAUUUCCAUUUGUAAUGAAUUCAGAAAACAAACAAAGAAAGAAGAUGAAAAGAGAUUAGAAAAGAUAAUGCCAGUUGCAGAAGUUGGAAAUAAAAUUUUAAUGAGUGAUAGCAAACGUAGGUUGGUCCAGUCACAAAGUACUUUCAACUUGAACACAAAAUUCCUUAAAACUCCACCACCCCCAGCAGGUUCUGCCAACCUGAACACUCACAUCCUACCUUUGACGACAUCCCUGCUGUCCAAGACACUAACCCCCAUUCUGAAAGUUGUUCCAGUGACCAUGCCGCCACUGAUAAAUGCUGCAGGUGGCACAGCAACAUCAGCAGAAAAAGCACCAACUGGAAGUCAGGUGAUGACCAAUCCAUCUUCAGUGGUUUUCAAAACAAUAGGUGCAUUGCCCUCGGGAACACAGCCUUCAGUAUUACCUGUUCAGUUCCCUGGUCAUGAAGGUGCUGCCACGCCCCCAGCAACCUUGGGAAAUUUAACAAAGACGAUCAUGGUACCUGUGAAUUAUCCUCAACCUUUGAAAUCUGUUGGCGCUAGCAAUAACUCUGUGGCUCAUCCUGUGCAGACUCCCCCUUUAUUUCAGCUGAAUGGUCCGUCUCGUGUUAACUCGGGCAACAUGGUUGGUACCUUGAUAUCUAAUAUGCCAAUGUCCUUCAGUGUACCUGCUUCUGCCAACCAGAGUAGUGUGGUCAAAUUGUCAACUGCACAGUCACGUCUCAGCUCAGUGGAAGAAAGUAAAAAAAGCACUGCACUAGCCCCCAGAUUAGAUACAGUGACUUAUUUGAGCACACGUCAGCCUCCAGUCCUAGCCAUCAAGCCACAUAAAAAGAGAAAGGCACCUGGAACAUUGCCACCAUUGGUUCCAAAGAAAGUCACAGUGCCUGAUUGUGACAUGAUUGGUGAACCGAGAGUCCUUCUGCAACGCAUUUCUCAAGACGUCCUGAAAACGGUGAUGCCAGAGAAAUCGGUUGAUUCCCGGGAAGCCACAUCAAGCAGUAGUCAAAUUACAUCAAGUGUUGUUAAGGCCACAACAAAUUUUACAACCAAAGAUAUCAGUAAGACAGUACAAGGUGUGGCAUCCAUGUUGAAUGGUGAAUCAAAGGCAGUGGGAACUACAUCAAAAACAGUUCGAAGCAUCACAGAUAUAUGGCAUCAAGCAUUGUCUUCUAAAGCAGCAGCCCCUCAAAGCAUUGAAAGCAAACAAACAGAUCAGGAAAAGGGGGAUGCAAGUUCGGUCAGUCCACUACUGAAAGAUUACAUGGAUAUUCCUGAAUUUGAAGUGGUUAAUGUAAAAACUGAGCCUGACACUUCUGAGUACGAAGCUGCAGUUGCAGACAAAAAUAUACCCGAUCAGUUCAAUGGAGGAAACAAUCAAAGUACUUUGAGCCAUAAUGCCUACUUAGAUCAAGAUCUAGAUAUUAAACCAGACCUUUCUCAUUUAUUUGGUGCCGAGGCACAGGACACAGACCCUUCCUCUUUAUUAGAUGUGAAACCAACCAUAGAAUUAGUUGAUGACCAGGGGAGUGUAAUAAAAGUAAGAGUUGUUGAAGAACUGCCACCUGAAACGGUGGAAAAUUCUGCACAUGAUAUGAUGUCAAGGUCACACACACAAAAGAAUCGUGUAAUGAGACCUAAAACUGGAGCCAUUAGGAAUCUGUUAAAUACAGGCAUUCCUCAGAAUUCAUCAUCCGAAUCAAGGUUAUCAUCAUUAUUUGAGCAGCUGGUCACCACAACACAAGGGGCACCUUCAUUGAUUUCAAAAGGGUCCAGAUUGAAGGGAAACACAGUGCAAAUGUCAGAUCAUUUCAAGAAGGGACAAACCAAAAACUCAAAGUCAGCAGCUGAAAGCAAACUAUUUCAAUCUUCCAAUAGUAAGUUUGUUGGGAAACACCCAAACAACGCUGUCAAAUAUACAUGUGGUUACUGUUUGGAAGACUUUAAGCAUCCACAGGCCUACCAUUUGCAUCAGCAGCAAAAGCACAAGUGGUUCUUUAGCACAAAUAGAUUCAGUCUAAGGCGGCAUUAUCUAAAGGCAAUAAAACAAGAGGGAAGUAACAAAAAAACUUUCCUAUUUGUCAGAAGAAAAGUGAGUUGUAUGCAGUGCUUGAAAACCUUUCGAAAGAGGCGAGAUUUGAAAUUUCACCGGAAACUUUGUCACACCCAUAAGAGCUCUGAUACAGUAUCUCAAGAACCAACAGAAAGAGCACUCAAGAUGAAUUUACGUCCCAAGGCAUCAGGCAAGAUUACAUGUGAAUUUUGUUUGACCAAAUUGAAGUGUAGGAAAGACUUGAUCCUUCACCAAGCAAGAUUACAUGGAUUAGGAAAGAAAUUUCAAGGUCAAAAGGUUAAGUGCAUCCACUGUGAAAAAAAGUUCCAGAACAAAGAACUUUUCCAAAAUCACUUUCUUAGUCUGCAUGGGCAGAUAGUGCAUUUCUGUCCAUUUGACUUGUGCGAGUUCACAUAUGGUGACUUUUGGACUGUCCAGGAUCACAUUAAAGCAGAGCAUCAUAGAGAAUACACUUGUAAGGCAUGCCCAGACUUUAAAACAUCCAGCUAUGUGGCCUUCCUACAUCAUCUUAAACACCACAUUGUUUGCAGAAUGCCAGCUACAUGCCCCGUUAAAGGAUGCAGCUUCAAGAGCAAGAGCACUUCUCAGGGAAAACAUACCCUCCAAAGGCACUUGGCAAAGAGUCAUGGUACAAAGAUGAAAGAGGCUAUAUGGUGUCCAGUACUGGGAUGUAGCUAUGUUACUUACAUGCCAGCAAAUAUAACCAGUCAUCUGCUGCUUCGGCAUCAGGACAAAAGUGAGCUUUCUUGUCAACAAUGUGACAAAAAAUUUAAAACAUUAAGGAACUUGAAACAUCAUUUAAAGACAUGGCAUUCUCAUAGGGAGGUGAAGAUUUAUGAUUGCAAACAAUGCAUGAAGAAGUUCAGGUCAACAUCUGCAAUAAGAAAGCAUGAGAGAAUCUGCGGGAAGGGAAAGUUUUUGUGCUGUGACUAUUGUGACUACAAGACAAAUGAAGAUAUGGCUUUGAGAAACCAUUUGUUCUGUAGACAUGAAGUUCAGACUCCAGAUAAAGAAGUAUACGUUUGCAGUAUGUGUGGCUAUAAGACUAUUGUGAGAGCCAUAAUGAAGAAACACGUCACAAUACAUAAGCCAAGUAAAGACCAUAUAUGCCACAUCUGCAAAAAAGAAUUCCGUUUGCCCUAUCAGCUAAAGGCUCACCUAACAGUACAUUCCAGUGAGCAACCAUUUGAGUGCCCAGAAUGUAGUUUCAAGACAAAGACUGCAAGAAGAUUACGCCAGCAUCUUCGUAUCAUGCACGAGAUGGUGAAUGCCAAGCCUUUCCAGUGUCCUUACUGUGACCACCGCACAAACCUACGUGGUAAUUGCAUCAAGCACGUCACUCGCGUCCAUCCAGAAGGAGCAGUGAGAGUUAUCAAACUGUUUGAUAUCAGGGAGUAGCACUUUUUUUUAAGAAAAUGAAAUUUAUGAAACUUGUGCACAAGAAGAAAGAAAAAAAAUAUGUGAAGGAUUUCAUCAAAUGCAAAACCACAUAAUCAUUGAUGUAUAUGAGAAUUAAUGAUAUGAGAACUGUUGUGAUCAACAGACUUGUUCAUUUAAAGCUAUGACAAGUUGACAUGCACUGCAGAUGGACCAGUUUGUGUGUAACAGUUAAGAUAUUAUAGUAGAUUAGUGAUUAAUUAUCAUCUGUAAAUAUUGUGGCUUUUGAUACCCUUUAAAAUAUACAAUAUGUUUUGACCAAAAGCUAUUUGAUCUAAUAUAGUAUUUCAUUAUUGAUGGACUUAUUUGAUAAUUUGGUUAUUUAGUGAUCUUCUGUAGCAUCUCUUAACAAUAAAUAUCUGUGACAUCUUGCUUUAUAGAUCUUGAGAUAUAUUGACAAUAUCAUGUUUUUUAGUCCUUAAUAUAUAUAUAUUUGUACCUUUUUGAUAAGACCACAGUUAAAAUUAAUGCCUAAAUACCAUGUAUGGUUAACUAUUUACUGUGAUGGUUUUAUUAGAAGCAUCCCUUCUCUUAUUUACUGACAUGAAAAUGAGGACUAGGUUACUUUAGAUUAAACUUAUGCAAUCCCUGUAAAUAUAUUAUAUAACUUUUUUAAGUCAUACAUUUUUUUAGAAAUGACUCUUAAUGGUAUUUGGGGGGAUAUAUUUAAGCAAAGCACUGUAGGUGGCAUGUGGCUUCCCUCUGUAGUGUACAGUUUGUUACUUGUAUAUUA